AUGUCGGUUCAAGAGAGGCGGUGGGAAAAAACAAACACUUCAGCUCGGCCUUUCCUGUGGAACAUUUGCAGAACAUCUAAAGAGAGAAAAUAUUAUUCAAGCAAGAAAUCAAUAAUUUCAUUAGCUCUUUAUGGGAUCUCAGAGAUGGUAGGAAAGCACUUGAAUUACUUAAAAUUCUGGAAUGUUACUUAUUAUGAAAAUAAUUCUCAUCAACGACCCACAAAGCAAUUAAGGGUGUCAGGAAGAACAGGCAUGCUUUUUCUUUAUACUCCAUCCUUUCUCGUUGCUUUCACAUCUUUGCUGUUUUUCUCCAAUGGUGAUAUCAGAGUUCUGCUGCUUAAAUAUGCUCUAGCCCUCCAUUUCUUCAAAAGGAUCUUUGAGGUUCUGUUUGUUCACAGAUUUAGUGGACAGAUGGUUGUUGAUAGUGCUAUUGUGAUUUCACUGACUUACUUCUCUUCCACAGCAACCAUGAUUUAUACUCAGCACCUAACACAAGUGCUUCAAGGCCCACCAAUUGAUUUGAAGUACAUUGGGGUUUUGCUGUUUCUAACGGGUAUAUGUGGGAAUUUCUACCACCAUUACCUUCUUUCUCAACUAAGAGGAAAGGGUGAGAAAGAGUAUAAGAUUCCUAAGGGUGGUCUGUUUGGGCUCGUCAUUGGCCCCCACUACCUGUUUAAGAUAAUUGCAUUUGUUAGGGUGUCUUUUAUUUCUCAAACAGUCUACGCAUUCUGCUUCACAAUAGGCACGCUUUUCUACUUGAUGGGAAGGAGUUAUGCAACUAGGAGGUGGUACCUUUCCAAGUUUGAAGAUUUCCCACAACAUGUCAAAGCUCUUCUUCCAUAUGUGUUUUAGAGACUACUGUUUUUGUUAUAAAUUAUACUUGGUUAUGCAGAAAAUUAAGGUAGCUAGAAGGCUGCUAUUUCAUUUUACUGCU